GCAGCAUUUGCUUUUACUCUGGUUGAGAGAGUUGUAGAAAUUAUUAUCGACGAAUGCAGAAGGAAAAAGUGGGAGAAGAGCAACAAGGUGCUGGAAUCCGAGAGGAACGAAGACUUGCAGGACCUCAACAAAAAAAUACAAGCUCUGCAUAAAGAUUUCAACAUAUCAAAGGAGUCCACAAAGAAUGAGAUUCAGAUAAUAAGAGCUGACCUGGAGAAGAAAGGAAUGAAGGAGGAGGAAAUUGCACGGGAGCUGGUAUCAAUGUUGGACAACAAGUUCGGACAGCUGUCCCAAAAAUUUCAAACUCUGGAAAAAGAUGUACAGGAAUGGCAAGAGACCACAAAGCAUGAGGUUCAGCUUCUCAGAGCUUACCUGGAGAAGCAAGGAAAGAAGGAGGAGGAACGUUCAAUGGCCCUGCAGUGCAGCAUCAAAACGUUACUCCAGCAGGUCUCCCAAGGAUUUCAAAUUCUGGAUCAAACUUUGCAGUGGAGACAGGAGGUGCCAUAUCUUGAGUUCCCGCUUUUCCAAGCAUACCUGGAGAACUACCUAGGGAUAGCCAUGCCGCGAGAAGAGAUAAUUCACCGACGAGUCCUGGAAUUGGCAGGAGGGGAGAGGAUUAAUAAUACAUGGACUGACUCCAGAUGUGCAGUUGGCAUAGGGCCUGCUCAGGGUGAUGUCUGGAACAGAAGAUUGCGUGAAGCUCGAGGGGCAGAGGGGAUAGACGGACCUCCAAGGCACGCCCUGGGAUUUUCCUGGCGGAGCUCCACUCAUCUCAGCUUGCCUCUUGGAGAGACAGACAAGGACCUGCUGGCAUGCGGUGGACAUGUCUCUUACAGAGAAGACUUCGGAACCACAGUGGGAGAGACCACUGCAAGUACUUCUCACCACCUUCCCCGCAAUCAAUAUCAAGGAGCAGAACGCCUGGAUCCAUCACUCUCGAGUGAAGAAGGCCCCAGACGCCCCUUGGAGAGUGACACCAGGAGACAAUGAACUGAGACUAAAACUUACUUGGGCAAAAUGUGUGUAUUGCGGCUGGUGGUAGUUCAUACUUUCAUUUACAGAAUUGUUUUGUAUAUAAUUAUAACUGAAGUUUUAGAACUAGAGAGUACCUCUGUCCAAAGCAAUGCUGAAUGGCCUUGGUCCCAGGCUUUUAAUCAGUAUACUGGAUCCAUGGAAAACCUUCUGAGAUAAAAGAUUUAAACCUAUCCACUGUAGUAAUCCACGGGAAUCAAGUAUAUGAGGAGCAAGAAUGGCAGGAGCAAGAACUGUGGACACUUAAGAGAUCAGAGGAGAAGAAAUCAAAGUAGGAUGCCAGGUGGUCAAUGAGAUGGCUUAUGAGAGACCAGAUGCAAUUAGUGUCUCAACCUCUCCUGGUGUGUACAAACACCAGGAAGUUUGUGAUAGCCUAAGUGAAUCAGACUGUUGGUGUAAUUUCACCUUGAUACAGUCUGUAAAAGUGACUUGCCUUUGGGCUCGUGAUGCUAUCGGGCUCUCAUUUAAAUUUAAAAUAGACACUGCACUUUUUACAACAAUAGGACCUUAUACAACCCACUCUAGGACUCAAAUAGUUCAGACUCAACCCAAACUUGAACCUGAAGUGUAUGAAAUAGGUCCCUAUGUAGUGAGGAAUGUGGGUGAACAACAUUCUGUUGUUCAAUCCAGAAUGGUCUCUCAAACAAGUGGAGUUGAUGAUCCAAAUUAACAUCUCAAAAAUCCAACCAGCCUGCUCCUCUUUCCUAAGAACAUCCUUUGAGGGCUGGACAAAGUGGUUACAAAGACAGGCAUAUCUCAGGAGCAGGAUAAGAAAGGAUCUAACUGAGAUAUUAGGGACAGGAUUAGGAGUUUUAAAUAGAAUUUAUUCAGAAAUACUGAUGAAUAAGCUGGCCACUGCAGCAGGUAGCCUAACAAAAUUGAAGCAGCCUUUAUAGUCAUCUCUAUUGGCAUUAGGAACUAGCCAGUAGCAGGUUUCAAAAGUACUGCCAAAGUAAGAAAAGGCCAGAGACCAAGACCACAAGUUAAUAGUAGAAGCACUUAGUACAAUUCAAGAUAAUGUCUUUAGCUUUCAGUUGUAUACAAGCAGAGUUAUAGAUGCAAGCAACAGCAGCUCUGAUCAUAUAGGAAAGGGGUGAAGGUAAUUUUCCAGCUGAAAUUCAGAAAGUUGUCUAAGAUUGCGAUUGAUUUUGAAAAGAAGUUUCAAUCCUGGUGGACUAUAGUAAAUCUCACCUCUGAUCCUGCUUCUAAUGUGGCCACUGCCUUUGUGCUUACCAUACGUAAUGCCACUGUUUACGUUAUCCACCCCAUCAUUGCACUGGGAUUAAACCAUGAAAAAACAGUGCUCUACCCUUCAGAACAUAGAGUGUGGGCAUGAAAGGCGAAUGAAAAGUGGCAGACAGUAAACUUAGAAUCAUGCAUUACUAGAGAACAGCUAAGAUUCAUUUGUGAAAGCAAUAAUAUUAAUGCCCAAUAUGUGUGUGUAGACACUGAAGUGAGUAUUUGCCACUUUGAAGUUCAUCCAGUCACUGAUCAGAAAACUGUGCUCAUAUAUACUGGUAAAGGUUGCGUGUGCUUGAGAACUGCUUGUGCUGCUGUAAAAAUUGAUAGCAAUGAUGUUAUUUUAUCUAGUAAAAAUCAUUCUAAUCUUUGUAUUUGUAAUUUUGUUAAGAUCAUCGGGUGUGAUUUUUUGUACGUGGCCCCAGUGACAUCCCACCAGUUGAUUAAAACCAAUUAUACAAUGUAUCACAGACUAUCACCAACUCCUAUUGAGAUAGACCUUACAUUAGUAAAAGAACUAAAUAAGCACCAAGACCUACUGAGAAUCUUGAAAGAAAUCCAAGAAAGCAGAAAAAAACCCUUAAUUACUGUCCAACAUGAUACAAAAGAAAUAACCAGAAUUCUACAAAGAAUAAAACAAAAUGCAGAUCAUCACUGGUAGGAUGUGAUCUUUGGGUGGUCGCCAACAGCAAAUGGAAUCUUUAAUAAGUUGUGUCAUCCCAUUGUAGUUUUGUUAAUAUUAGUUAGAAUAAGUUUAAGAUUAUCCAUUAUAUUGCUGUAGUAUUCUCUAAUUCUAAAUUAGCGUGUAGCUGUGUAAACCUCCUUAUCAAACGUACUUGGUAAAGCAUUGAGACACUUAUUGUUGUAGAAGUUUGCAUUAAGUAAAAGAAUUUACUUAUUUUCUAGAAAAGGGGGGAAAUGAGACAGAGUAGAAAUUCUCCAGAGUAGAAAUCCAUUUUGAUUUUGGUGUAAUGUACAUAUUUGAGUCUGUAGUUAAAAAACAUAGCUAUUUAUCCUGACUUCAAAAACCUAGGCACAGAGGAACUGCUUCAGUGAAGGACAGAUAUGAAGCAGGUGGGGGGGGAGACAGAGGGUGAUAGAGAGAGACAGAAGCUGCUGUGAGAGCAGGUCAACCUGACCUAGGAAUUCUUUCUGAUAAAGAAGAACUAGCGGCAAAUGUCACACGAAAUUCGUAAAAAUGAAUAUGUGUGAACCUAUUCUGAAAUUGUAUGCAUAUGUAUUUGAGAGGAGGACAAAAAGGGACCUUAAGUCCCCAGAGGUCCGCAUGUCUUUUAUGGUGAGUAAUCUCCACAUGCCUCCAGCGCUGUAAUAAACAUACCGGCUUUACAACUUUCACAAAGUUGUGGAGCUUUUGGUUAUCUCCGCAAAACAUUGCCCAUAUUCAGAGUCACUGCAGAUUGGAGGGAGGCCUGGCCUUAGGGAACGAGAAGGUGAUCAAUUGGUGGCACCAUUUUGGGCCUCAGCUUCUCCCAACAUCAAUAAAUUUGGCCAAGCCAGAAGGGCUCAUGAGUUUUUUCAUCAAACUGUGAAAGUUUUACCCAAACAACUUGGAAUAUUACUGCAGGAUGCUCAGGGAAUUGUCACAACCUGUCCACAGGGCCAGGAUAUGAUUGGUGGAUUGGGUCCUGGAGUCAACCCCCAUGGUUUAGGCCUUUGCUCCUGGGGUGAAUUCCUUUUGCUUAUCCUUGGCCAUGCCCAGAGAUCCCUUCUGCAGAUGUCUAAUUGGUAUCCCAGUGAGUGAUUUUACUGUGUUUGCAAGGUGGGUAGGAGCUGGAGGAAAACCAUACUUGGAAGCAAAGAGAUCAAGCGUGGAGAAUCACUGGUGUAACAUCACCAGAGGUGGUAAAAAAUUUGACAUAUGCAAAAGGCUGGGAAUUAAGGCAAACGGUGAAGGCUUCCGAGCAGGUGUGAUGACACAAUCCCUGAAUGAAACUGGACUAGAACCCCAAGAACUAGACCUGUUAGGAUCAGUUCCUGGGAAUUAUGGCUUGUUUUAAACUACUUUCUGGACCCAAAAACAACUAAGCAAUGUUCUAGUCCCACAUCCCAAGAAUAAUAGUGUCAUUCUUAAUCCCAAUUCUCCAUGGUAUCAGAAUGUGACCAAGUAUUGCCACAAUUGGAUUUAUCCUGGCAGUGCUGGUGCAAAUGAGACUGUAAAAAGGCUUCCACCAGGUGUCUGUUUAAUCUGUGGGGAUAGGCCCUGGCCUGCAAUUCCAAGUAAUCCCUUUGGUGGACCUUGUUACCCAGGAAAACUAACCAUGUUUGCCCCUAGCAUGUGAGAAAUGCUGAAUCAGACUAUCUGGAGAGCAGGACACAGCACAAGAACUGAAAGAGCAAUCCCAGUCUUAGGAUCUAAUUGUAAUGAUUAUGUGGAUCUUUGGGGUGCUCCAGCACGAAUCACAGCAACAUUCCUUGCUCCAGGUGCUGUGGCUGCUCAGGCUUUGACUCCACUGAAUAAGUUGGGAUGCUGGACAGCUGAACAACUGAACACAACUUCAACUGUUCUAAAUCAAAUGCUCACUGAUGUAGAUAGUAUUAGUCAUGGCACACUGCAAAAUAUAGCUGCUAUAGAUUUGUUGUUUUUAGGACAUGGGCAUGGGUGUGAGGAGUUGGAAGGGAUGUGUUGUAUGAACCUCUCUGACCAUUCUGCAUCCAUUCACAGGAAACUCAAAAAACUACAAGAUAACGUGAAGAAAUUGACUGUGAAUGAAUGACUGGGGGUUGGAUGAAUGUUUUAAGGAAUGGGGAAUAACUGGAUGGUUGAAAGGUAUUGUAAAGGAAAUUUUGUUAAUAUUAGUAGUCAUUAUUUUAUUGCUUUGUGUUAUUCCAUCAUAAUUAAGUUCAUGACCCUUAGAAGAGAACACAGUAAAGAGAGUCUGGCUGCUGCAAGAAGAAGAAGGGGGAAUUGUAGCAGUGUAUGUGAACAACUCAGGCCUCAGUGUGCACCAGCCAUACCAUCUGUAACUGUUCUUAACAGAAUUGUCUCAGGGCACUGUGGAAUUCAUCAAGGUUACUGAGACAUAAACUGUGCUAAAAUAAGAAAAAAGAAGCUGAGAAAGGGCACACCAGGAUGGCAGGAACUGGAUAACAGAGGACUGUGAAACACCUGCACGGUAACCAAUCACAGACAUUGAGAAAUGGAGACAGAGAAUGAGGGAAUGAGACAAAGGCACCAAUCAAGAAGUGUGAUCUUAGUAGUUUGUAGAAUCUGGAAAAGUGUGUGUAAUGUAAACAAUAAAGAGCUUCUGCUUGG